AUGCAUUUAUAUGAAUUAAUGAAGGAAAAUUCUUAUCGAUUUAAUAUCAAUUAUGUCAAAGAAGAGGGUAAAGAAAGACUCCAAAAGCAGCCAGUUACGUUCAGGCCUGGAACGAAUAUAGCAAGGGUGUAUGCAGUUGAUGAAGAUUCAGCUGAAAAUGGUCGAAUAACUUAUGGUAUUAAAGCUAAUGAGCAUACAAACCAUCAGUCAUUAUUUGAACUUGAUCCAGUGACAGGUGAUUUAAUUUUAAAGCGUUCGUUAGACUUCAACAUGGAUUCAUCAGUAAUGAAAGAAGGUGAAAGAAGCUCAAAAAGGUUAAAAAUGUCCCAUCUUCAAAGUAGAAAUAAUAAUAAUCAGGAAACUGAUUACAGAAUUGCUCAAAAUCAUUCCUCCCAUGAUAAAAUUGAAAUAAGUGAAUCGAAAAAGAGAAUCUAUGAUAGUCAAAUGGCGUAUAGCUUGAUUGUUACAGUUACAGACAAUGGUGAACCUCAGUUGAAAUCUUCAACAAUUCUAAGAAUUCUAUUCACUCCUCCAUUUUAUCCUCCUAACAAUCAUAAGGAAUCAUCCAACUCUGUACAGACAAAAAAUACAAUCUGGAAUAAAUCGUCGAAAAAUAAUCUUGAUUUUACUAGAGGUCAUUCCGCAUCAAAUGAUUUCGACUACAAUUACAGAGAUCCACCAGCUGAGAACGAGCUCACAGGCAUAGGUGUACUUCUUGGACUAGUAACUGCAAUAGGCUUAUUUGUUUGCUUUUUAAUUCUUGUCAUAAUGAUUACAUUUCAUCAAAGUCGAAAGUUAAGUGAACAUAGGAAACAGUUACUUGAAAGAAGACGUCAAGUGAACAGUCAGAAUGAAUUGCAACAUCAACAAUCACAACAACAACAACAACAGCACCAGCGCCAACAACAUCUACAAGCAAUACCAAUCAACAUACCGUCUACACAUUUUUUACCUAAUUCAAUUAUUCAACAUAUACCUAAUGAACAAUUUAAUAAAUCAGAGAAAAAUUUAACAGAUAUUUCCAGACAUUAUUGUAUACAACAAACAAUGAGUGAAACUCUGCCACCUGCACAGAUUCCUUUAGUAACUAGUUUUACAACACUCUGA